CUUUGGUUUAUCGACAGGAUACCUCUCUGCUCUGCAAUUUGCUUUGCAAUCGGCACAAACUGCCACGCCCCCCGUCUAUCUCUCUAUGGGCACCACCGCAAUUACUUUUACCCCGACGGCAACUGCUACUCCGGCGAAGCUCUCUCGCUCUACGGCGGCUCACUGUUGCUCCAACCGCUUAAAUUUUCCAAUUCUCUUCAGAAACCCAAAUUUCAAGACCAAAAGCUCAUCAUCAAAAUCACUUGUAUUAUCCACACGUCUGCAUGCCAAAUCAUCCUCUGUAAUCGGUGCAGCAAAUCAAGCAGUGGAUGCUUCCUCUCCAGGUUCGAUUGGAGCCAAUGAUUUGCUGAUUGUUGGACCAGGUGUUCUUGGGAAGCUAGUAGCUGAAAAAUGGCGGGAGGAUCACCCAGGUUGUCAGAUUUUUGGCCAGACAAUGACAACAGAUCACCACGAUGAAUUGGCCAAAAUUGGAAUUAAUCCGUCAUUGAAGGGAUCAAAAGCAACUCAAGAGUUCCCAUAUGUGGUUUUCUGUGCUCCUACGUCCCGAUCCCUGGACUAUCCUGGUGAUAUCAGGGAAGCUGCAUCAAGCUGGAGUGGGGAAGGUUCUUUCUUAUUUACAUCCAGCUCUGCACCAUUUGACUGCGAUGACAAUGGACCUUGUGAUGAGGACUUUCCAGUAGUUCCAAUUGGGAGGAGGCCUAGGACAGAUGUCUUAUUGAAAGCAGAAAAAGUUGUGCUGGAGUCUGAUGGUUGUGUUCUCAGAUUAGCUGGACUAUACAAAGCAGACAGAGGCGCACAUGUUUAUUGGUUGAGGAAAGGGACUGUUGACACUCGUCCAGAUCACAUUCUCAAUCUUAUUCACUAUGAGGAUGCGGCUUCCCUUUUGGUAGCCAUCAUGAAGAAGAAACUUAGAGGCCGGAUUUUUUUGGGCUGUGACAAUCAUCCUUUAUCCAGACAGGAAGUAAUGGACCUGAUCAAAAAGAGUGGGAAAUUUAGUCAGAAGUUUGAAGGUUUUACAGGCACCAAUGAUCCUUUGGGCAAGAAACUAAACAACGAGAAAACUUGUAAGGAAAUUGGAUGGGAGCCGAAAUACCCAAGCUUUGCUCAGUUCCUUGGGGUAUCCGAAUAAUUUGCUUCUUCAAUUUCGAGGGAUUUAACCGAGUUCAGUUGCUCAGUUCCUUGGUAGAGGUUUGGUAUGGUACAUGAACAAUAUCCAGGAAUAUGUCCAGGAAAGGGGAAUGAACCGUUCCCAAUAGCCUUAGCUUUCCUAGAACUCAUGGGAAUUGGAAUAUUUGGAGUUAACGGGGCAGUGUAGGAAAGUUCUGACAUGCAGGUUAAUCCCGUUUGCAGUAUAUACAUUUCCCGUUAUCUGUAGCAAUCCGGUGUGGUUGGGUGCUCCUGGUCCGAGUAGACCAGUUCCUGAGGGACGUCAGCCGAGCCGAGUAGGAUUCUGGUCGGUGAUGCCUUUCAGUUGUGUAAUCAAUCUAUCUAUAUAUUAUAGAAAUGUAUCUGAGCCUUACAAGCCUACAAACACUCAUUCCUAAUUUUUUUAAUUUCACUUCUUCUUUUUUUGUUUAUAAAAAGAAA